AUGACCAGUUGGGCUAUGUGGUUAGUAAUAGGCCUAUUGGGCCGUUAGCAGUGAAUGAACGUGUUAAAAUGUGUGGCAGACGGAAAGAGAGAGAGUAUAUAUAUAGAGAGAGAGAGAGACGAGAGAUGAGCGCUGCAGAGAGAGAGAGAGAGAGGGAGAGGGGAUCACCAGAGGAGUUGCAUUUGGAGAGAGUGAGGCACUGAAGGAAGAGACAGAGAGAGAAAGAGAGGACGGGAAAGGGACAAAAAAAGACGGGAAAGAAGAGAGGGAAUAGUAAAUACAUCAGGAAUAUCAUUUGUUUUGUCUACAUAACGUUAGGUUUUCUGUAGAACACGGACAAGUCAACCGCUUUUCAUCCGUUCUUACGGCAGCACGAGGACUGAGAGGGGAGAGCCGCAUGGAACAUUUUCUCUUUGUACUCAAAAGAAGAGGAGGCUGCUUUGUAGGCAUUGCUACAGCUUUCUUUUUUUUUACGCCGAAUUGUCAUAGUGUAAAUAGCCAAUUUUAUAGCCAAUUUUUGAUGGUCAUUUUGAUUUGGAAACCACGAAGUGAACCUAAUGCUCUUUCGCAAGAAAGGAACAACAGCGUAACAUAGACUUGACUAGUUCAGUUGUCUAGCUACUCCUAUAGAGGAAACACACAACACGGCCAACGAUAGAAAACCACGCGUCUAAAUUCGCACUACCAACAGGACUUCCAGGGUUUUCUUCAGCGGACCGAGCAUGGCUGCGGUUACCAGCCCAGAGACGAGUCCUCAACCCCGGGUGUAUUUCCAGACGGCAGCCGCCGGUUCCACCGAAGAACCGGAGACCCCUGUUCGGAAGCAAGGGCGAGUAACCGUCAAAUAUGACCGAAAAGAACUCAGAAAGAGACUUAAUCUGGAGGAAUGGAUAAUCGGCCAGCUAACGGAUCUUUACGACUGUGAGGAGGAGGCCAUACCAGACUCAUCCCCCACCCUCUCCUCUCCUCUCUUUCAGGAGGAGGCCAUACCAGAGCUGGAGAUAGAUGUGGAGGAGCUGCUGGAUAUGCCCAGUGAUGAUGACAGAGGAGCCAGAGUUAAAGAUCUACUGGUAGACUGUUACAAACCUACUGAGGACUUUGUGUCUGAUCUGCUGGAUAAGAUACGUGGCAUGCAGAAACUCACCACCCCCCAGAAGAAAUAACCUCACCCUUCUACCCUCACCCCUCUCCCUCACCCCAACUGGCCUUCCCCACCCCUGACCUCACCCAACUGAAGAAAUAGGAGCUUAGCCUCCUUCUCCUCCUCGGAGGAGGAGGAGGAGGAGGAAGAAAAAGAGGAGAGAGGAGAUUGAAGCAGCCAAUCAGAUCUAAGCAGGGCUUAUGAUGUCAUAUCGUGUGGUUUUAUUUGAAUGUUUUAUUUAGUUUAAUCUUAUUUUGAGUUUUUAAAGGGGUUUGAAUUGUUGUUAAAUGAUCAAAUCGAUCAGUCAUAGCUCUAUGUUAAUGUGAUGCCAGUGAACACACUAUAAUGUGGGUGUAAGUUUAGUAGUGGUGAGGUUUAGUCCCAAAUGGCAACUUAUUACACUUUGUAGUGCGCUACUUCUGACCAGGGCUCUGGUAGCGGAGUAGGUGAUCGGGUACCAUUUGGGAAGUAACCUUAGAGUUUUAGGAUGGGACUGGCUUCCUGUGUAUAAUACAGUGUAUACAUUAAAACGUUGGUCAUUUAGCAGACGCUCUAAUCCAGAGUGAUUUACAGGAGCAAUUAGGGUUAAGUGCCUUGCUCAAGGGCACAUCGUCAGAUUUUUCACCUAGUCGGCUCGGGGACACAAAACAAUUACCUUUCGGUUACCGGCCCAACGCUCUUAACCGCUAGGCUACCUGCAGCCCUAUACGUAGCUGGGUUGUGUGUGUGUGUGUGGUCUUGACCAUACUCAGAACACACACACACACACACACCGGGGGACUUGGAACAAAGUGGCCUUGUUUCAGUCUAGUUCUAUUUCCCUCUUCAUCUCUUUUCUUCUUCUCUAAACCAUGUUAUUGUCCCUCACCUAGUGUGCCGUUAAGGGCUGUUUCAGAGAGGACUCAUGGAGAGAGUUUUCAGUAGAGCAGUAAACCAAUGAGGGGUGAGAUGUGGGGGAGGGGGGGGAGUGAAGGCAAGGCGAGGGGGGGCACUGUAGUGGAAAAUUGUGGCUGUCUGGAUGCGUUCAUCCAAAUAGCAACACACGCACACACCACACUCAGGGAACAGCAGCAACACAGCCACAGACCACAGCUGCUGCUCCUUCAUGCUCACACACUGACACACACUGGCGUUCUCUCUCCAACAAACACUCGAAUGGGAAGGGGGGUGAAAAACCUCAUCAUUGAGAGAUAGCGCAAGAGAGAUAAAUAGAGCGACUGAAAGGGAGAGAAUCAGAGGUCUUAAUCUUCAUGGCUUGGCUGCCUCACAAGGCCUCAGUGUUGCUAAUCAUGCAGCUCCCUUAUCUCUCCUCUCUCACUCAAUCACUCACACACGUCUCUCUAUUUGGCCCUCUCUCCUUCCUUUCUCUCCUU